UCUCAUACUAAUUUAAUUCAAUUAGAAAGAUGGAAAACUCAAAUUUAAUCAAUCAUCUUGAAUCUCAAUUGAUUCACUUGGAGAUUUAAUCAUUUCCAUCUUGAAGUAAAUUGAAACACUUUCGGUGGCAAUUAAACAUUUUUACAACUUUAAUUAUCAAUUCUCACAGUUAUUACCCUAGUAGGUGCAUAUAAUCAUUGUAAAAGAACGUGAGUUAAUUAUAAUAGUUAAUUGUUCCAAUUUUGGAUAGACAAUUAAUCGUAUAUUCAAAUUAAGUGCCACAAGAAAAACAUUCAGUGUUAACGGUUAAUCAUAUGUAACCCUCUCUAUUUGUUAACGAUGAAAAAAAUCAAAUUAAUUGGUAUUUCUGGCGUUUCAAAUGGUGGAAAGACAAGUUUAUCCAAGAAAAUUGUUGAUCGUUUCCCGAAUUCAAUUGUGAUCCGUCAAGAUGAUUUUUUCAGAGAAGAAGAUGAUCCUAAUCAUAUUUGGAUAGUACUUUCAUCUGGUGUUAAGCACCAGAAUUGGGAACAUUUGAACAGCGUCAAUUGGGACAAAUUAAAAUCUCAGGUCGAUUUGACUCUCAAGGAACUUGCCAAAAGAGAUGAAGAAUCAUUCCUAAUCAUCGAAGGACAUAUUAUCUUUAAUUACAAAGAUUUUCCCUUCCCUUAUGAUAGCAAAAUUUUCAUCACAUUACCUGAAGAUGAAGCUUAUCGUCGGCGACAAGUUCGAACUUAUGUUCCCGCAGAUCCCGACGGAUUUUUCGCUGAGUGUAUUUGGCCCAUGUACCUAAAGAAUAAGGAGGAAAUGUCUCGAGAAGGUCCAGAUAUCGUGUUUUUGGAUGGAACCAAAGAUCCUGAGGAAAUUUAUCAAAGUGUAUUGAAAGUUAUCACUGGAAACAAAUCUUAAGAGAUAUAAACAGUUAUCACAAUUU